UCGCCUGGAAAGGCGUCCCGUGGUAUACGCCUGUUGAACAAGUUAGCAUAGACUCAUACCCACGGAUGUCCUCUUUCAUAACCUGAAAACCGCAGCUCUCUAGCCCAUUCUAUUCUCGACUUAUUCAAACAACAAUGAACUGCCUUGUAUUGAAAUGCAUAGUAGUAUGAUCUAUUUUAACUUUCUAUAAAUAAGUAAAGUCAUUUAUUGUCCUCGUUUUACAAACAUGUCAUACUUCAAUCACUAUUUUUUUAUUUCUGUUAAUCAAUGUACUAAAGCAUCAUUUUUUUUCUUUCAUUCUGCUUAGUCAAACGUACCUUUUGUAACUAUUUUCAAGAAUGAGAGAAUCAGAGUAAAUGUGCCAACGUCUAGGACAGAUAUUUUUUCUUCUUUUCCUCCUUUCUCUAGAUCAGUUGUGCACGAUAAAAUACUCCAGCUUUUGUUAUGUUAGAUUAGUUCAUUGUUACGAGUAACACAUACUCCUAUUGCUUGUAUACAUAGUUACAUGUCAUAACAAGGUAAUGGUAUGUCUGAGUUUCCAAAUCAGAUGUUAUACUGUAGAUUAUUAUCUGUUUCCAUUAUUCAUGAGACUAAAAUAUUUAAAAAAAUGCUAUAAGUGGUAUUAAACUCAUGGUCUCUCGAAUCUCCUAAAUGAUCUUAUUAAAAGUUUAAAAUAGUUAUCGGAUGUAAGCAUAUUUCAAAAUAUCAGGUGUUGAUUGUGAUUGUCUGAAAUUUUCAGACAUUUAUUGUAUUCCCUCAGACUCAACUGAAUUAUCCUCUCUCAAAUGUUCAAAAUAACGUCGUUCUAAAGGCUUACUCAGCAUGAAGGUCUGUUUUCAAGUGAACAAGAUUAGCGAUUUUCGCAUAACACAUAAUAGUUGAAGAGGUUUUUAGAAUGUGAAGUAUAGCCGUUGUAAGAAAUUACGGUUAAUAAAGUCAGAUGAUGACCACAAUAAGACAUGUUUGAGAGCUAUUUAUAGUCGUAAACGUCAUUUCAUUGUUGUCUUUCAAUACAAAGGAUCAUGACUGUUCCAUCGAAUUAUCGCCGGAAUACAAAUUAUAUUGCUUUUUCUCUCUGUGUUCCUCUUUUUAUCUUUUGCCGUUCUUUUGUAUCAGUGUACUCUUCAUCAAAGGCAAACAUUCUUCUCUUUCCAGAAGAUGAAAAUAAAAAAAUUGUAAUGAUAUACUAGUCAUAGAUUCAUUUUCUGAAUAUACAAUUACUAUAGACACCAUAUCUAUAGAAAAGAUUUUAUACUAAACGACUGUGACAGUAUGAAUUAAACAACUUGAUCAUGUUCUGCUUUGAAUAGCAUGAAUGCUUAAUUGAGUUUUAGAAUGAAUAUCAAUCGAUUACCAUAGAAUAUAAAACUAUUAGACUUACGUGAUUUUUUUCUUGUAGAUCAGUGUCAUGUGUUUCUAGUAGAAGAGUACUCUUGAUUUGUGUUGCUAUUAUUGUGUUAUUAGAAAUGGCUCAUCCAACAGACCAAGUUAGUGUUAAUGUUAUGCGUAAAUCGGAUGGUAAAAAGUUAGAGUUUAUUUUACCAGAAACGACAACAAUUCGUGAAUUAAAAAAUGAUUUAAAACAUCGUUUAACGCCUCAAUUUGUACCAGGUUGCCGUUUAAUAUUUCGUGAUGAAGUGCUGAAAGGGAAACAUACAUUAAAGCAUUAUGGUAUCAAAGUGGGUGUUGAUGACCAAGAUAUACUUAUGGAUGAUUCAAGAGAAUGGCGAUCAUCCUCAUCAAGUGAUUCAGAAGUUGAAAAACAUUGA